AUGAGCGUGAACAUCUUGAACGUCAGCUUCAUCUGCAAGUUCAGCAGCCCGACGAACUCGUCCGUCGUCGACAGCGCCACCGGGGAGCGCCUAUUCGAGUUCGCGACCCCCUUCGGCCUCCACUGGCGCACUGUGACGACACUACGGGACGCAGACAGGAGGAUGGUCGCCGAGUAUAAGACCGGCUGGACGCGCGACGAGGUGACCUACCUGGGACGGACGAUGCUUAUGUCAGACUGGCUCGUCAAGAAGAGCGUAUUGUCGAGCAAUCGAAUCUUCGUGGCACCCGAUGGGCGGUCGUACGAGUGGGAGAAGGAUGGGAUGGCCCAGGGAGGUAAUGAAUACAAGCUCCUCGACUGCCAAACAGGAGAGCUGGUCGCGCAGGGGCACCGCAAGCGUGCACGCCGGCUGUUCUCGUCUUCGGAAAAGUUGAACAUCGACGUCCUCCCGGACGGACUUCCGAUCCUGGAUGCCAUCGUCUUCUCCUUCUUCCUCUGCGAGCUGAUGGCGAGACGUAGGGAAAGUGCGAACAACAGACUUGGCGUGGGCGGGGCCGGUAUGCAGGGACCUCCUAUCUCUGGGUAG